GAGAAAAAAGAAAACAAAAAAUUGUAUUUUUGUUUUUUCAUUUACGAUCUGAAAAGUGAAAGCUCCUCCAAAAUCUAAUCUUUGCCUUUAGAGAUCGUUGGGUGAUUCUUGUUUCUCUUUUACUUAUUUUCUUGAUUCUUCAUAUGGAUGGGCAUCAGCAACACCUUCACCAGCUCCAAUACCUCAACAAACAUCACCAUCACCAUCUUCAGCCCCACUCGCAAACGCCGGAAAUAGCGUCUCCAACGUCUGCUGCGGCGGCCGGAGAUAGGUUUCCGCAGUGGAGCAUAGAAGAGACGAAGGAGUUGAUAGCGAUAAGAGGAGAGUUGGAUCAGACUUUCAUGGAGACAAAACGGAACAAGCUUCUCUGGGAAGUUAUCUCUAACAAGAUGAGAGACCAGAGCUUUCUUCGUAGCCCUGAACAGUGCAAGUGCAAGUGGAAGAACCUCGUCACUCGUUUUAAGGGAUGUGAGACAAUGGAGGCAGAGACAGCAAGACAACAAUUCCCUUUCUAUGAUGAUAUGCAAAUUAUAUUUACCCGUAGAAUGCAGAGAAUGCUGUGGGCCGAAUCCGAGGGAGGAGGAGGAGGGGGAACAAGCGGGACAACGAGAAAGAGAAGCCACUUGGAGCAGUUUUCUUCAGAUGAGGAAGAAGAGAAUGUGAAUGAAGAGCUUGUAGAUAUCAGCAAUGACCCGAAAAUGCUAAACCCGAAGAAGAACAUUGUAAAGAAGCGAAAAGGAGGUAGUACUAGCACUAGUGGCAUUAAUAGUGUAAGAGAGAUUUUGGAUGAGUUUAUGAAAUACCAGAUGAGGAUGGAGAACGAAUGGAGAGAAAGAUGGGAGGCGAGAGAGAAGGAGAGAGCAGAGAAAGAAGAAGAGUGGAGAAAGAAGAUGGAGGAGCUAGAGAAGGAGAGGGUGGCAAUGGAGAGGAUGUGGCGAGAUAGAGAGGAGCAAAGACGGUCUAGGGAGGAGAUGAGGGCAGAUAAGAGGGAUUCACUUAUCAAUGCAUUGCUUGCUAAGCUUACUAGAGAUGGUUCUCUCUAAUAUUUUGUCAGCUUUUCUUUAACGUAAGUUAACUUGUUCUUUCUAUGCUCUUGUUUGGGAUGUAGGUUUAGUUAUAAUACAUGGAAAAGUUCAACAGUCAUAUAUUGAUUGAUAUGAGGACACAUUUCAGUUUUAGUAGGACUUUAGUAAUAUAUUAACGGAUU